GGCACCAACGGCCAGCCAGGCUGCAUCCGCUACUGCUCCGGCUUCUCCAUCUCUGUCGCCGGCGGCUGCGGCUCGGCUGGCCAGGUCGCGAGAUGGUCCAAGGAGAGAUUGACCGCCGUCGAUCACCCCCGGCGCGUUCUGAGCUACGAGAUGGUGGACUGCAACAUUGGGUUCAAAUCGACGGUCGAGAUCGUUCCUGACGGGACAGGGUGCGUGAUCGAGUGGGGGUUCAGCGUUGAUCCAGUGGAGAGUUGGACACUGGAUGAUUUGGUGCAGAAGUAUGAGUUGGUUCUGGUAUCCGCGGCACGGAAAAUGGAGGAUUCGGUUGGAUCUGUUGAGUAG